GUCGCGAGCCGAUAGCCGUUGUCGUAAAAUAUUAAAACGUGUAAUUAAUGCAUAAUUAUUUGUAUAAAAUUACACAGUGUUUCUUCAAUUAAUAACAAAGUAAAUCUUGAAAUUAUCAAUAAUAAAUAUUAAUAAUUUAAAUAAUAUUUUUAUUAUAGUUUUAUAGUAGUGUUACUGUCCAAAAUUUCAGGGACCAUUUUUCGAUUUUUUUUUUUUUUUUUUUUCUACAAGUAUUAGUAAAAAAUUAGAGAGAAAUAAUAAAUAAAUAAAAAUAUUAAGUCAACGUGUAAUACGUGUUUUUGUGUGUUGGCUUAUUAAAGUUUUAGUUUAUAAAUUAUAAUAAAUAUUUAUUGAACAAAAAAAAAAAUAUGUUACGAAAAAAAUUUGUAUAUUGAAAAUGUCAAUGAACAUUAUUUAAAAUCUUGGAGCAGAUUUAUCAAAAUAAUAAUAUCAAUUUACAUAAUCCAAAAAUACUCCAAAGAUAUUUAAUAACAAUUAUUAACAAAAAAAAAAUGAAAAUAGUUAAUGAAUUUGGACUGAAUCGGAUGAUAACCUAACCUAAUUAUGUUGAAAUCAUGAUACUUGGUAAAAUUCAAGGAUAAUUAAAAACAAUAAUAUUAAAUUUAUAAAUAAAUAAAUAUUUAUAAUACUUGGAAAUAAAUUUUUGUGAUAUAAAUAAUAUUUGAUAAAUAAAAUAAUAAAAAUGUCGUCAAAUAUGCAAUUUGCAACUCCACCACCACCAAUUAAUCUGCCAAAUAUGUCAGUGCCACCACCAACAGCACCAAAUUUAUCAGCACCACCACCAAAUUUGACAACAAUAAAUACAUCAUCAUCACCAUCAUCAUCAUCAAAUACUAAUUUUCAAGCAAGAUUUCCACCAAAUAAUCGUGAUGGUAAUAAUCGUGGUUUUUUUAAGCCAUUUAGACCUUAUCAUGCACCAAAAUCAAUGUCAAAUAGUCAAGAUGCAUUACAAGAUGAAUUUGAUGGUAAAAGAUUAAGAAAAUCUGUUAUGAGAAAAACAGUUGAUUAUAAUUCAGCAAUUAUUAAAACACUUGAAAAUCGAGUAUGGCAAAGAGAUUUUCGUGAUAGACGAGCAUUACAGCCAGAUGUUAUGUAUUAUCCAGAUCUUUUACCACCACCUAGUUAUGUGGAUAAUCCAAUAAAUGCUGUGACAACGAGAUUUGUUAAAACAGCAACAAAUAAAAUGCGUUGUCCAAUUUUUUGUAUGGCAUGGACACCUGAAGGACGUCGUCUUGUAACUGGUGCAUCAAGUGGUGAAUUUACACUUUGGAAUGGUCUUACAUUUAAUUUUGAAACUAUUCUUCAGGCUCAUGAUAGUCCAGUUAGGACAAUGGUCUGGUCACAUAAUGAGAGCUGGAUGGUGACUGGUGAUCAUGCUGGUUACGUCAAAUACUGGCAGAGCAACAUGAACAACGUCAAGAUGUUUCAGGCACACAAAGAAGCGAUUAGAGGACUCAGUUUCAGUCCAACGGAUCACAAAUUGGCAACCUGUAGUGAUGAUGGAACAGUGAGAAUUUGGGACUUUCUACGGUGUCAUGAAGAGCGAAUCCUCAGGGGUCAUGGAGCAGAUGUUAAAUGUGUACAUUGGCAUCCACAAAAAAGUCUCGUUGUAUCUGGAAGUAAAGAUAAUCAACAACCUGUUAAACUUUGGGAUCCAAAAACAGGUCAAUCAUUGGCAACUUUACAUGCACAUAAAAGUACUGUUAUGGAUGUUAAAUGGAAUGAAAAUGGUAAUUGGCUUAUAACAGCAUCGCGUGAUCAUCUAUUGAAACUUUUUGAUAUACGUAAUUUGAGUCAAGAAGUACAAACAUUUAGGGGACAUAAAAAAGAAGCAUCAAGUGUUGCAUGGCAUCCAAGUCAUGAAGGAUUAUUUUGUAGUGGUGGAAGUGAUGGUGCUAUUCUCUUUUGGCAUGUUGGAGCGGAUAAAGAAGUUGGAGCUAUUGAGCAAGCACAUGACAGUAUUGUCUGGACUCUUGCUUGGCAUCCACUUGGACAUAUACUUUGUUCAGGCAGCAAUGAUCAUACAUCUAAAUUUUGGACGAGAAAUCGUCCUGGUGAUUUAAUGAGAGACAAAUAUAAUCUUAAUACACUUCCAGCUGGAAUGGCUGGCAUUGAUGAUCAUGAAAUUGCUGAUGAAGCUGCAGAGAUACCUGGUAUGGGACCUGAAGAUAGAAUUAUGUUGGAUGCUGAACUUGAAGAAGAAGCUUCAAUGAUGACAGCUCCACCACCCGAAGAUAAAUCAGGUGGUAUACCUGGUCUUGAUCUUGAUCAUGCUAUUGAAGAAAGUAAAAAACUUGCAAGUAAAAAAGUACCAUAUAGUAAACCAAUUCCCAGAAAUUUCCAAGCACAAUGGAAUGAAAUGGAAUCAGAAGAUCCUGAACAAGUUGAAGCAUUGAGUGCAAUUGUUAAUCAAUUAAUUGAAACAACACCUGGUGCUGUACCACUCACUGAAGUUGCACCAAAUGCAAUUAUAUUAUAUGGAAAAAUGAUAACAGUAGAACCUGGUUCAAAAUUAGCAGAUGCAAUAUUAAAAGGCAAUGAUGCUAUACAAAAAAUGAUUGCUGACGGUGAAAUUGAAGAAUUAAAAGAUGUACAACCAAUAAUACCUGAGGAAAUAAUUGAACCAGAAGAAUAUCUUCAAGAUGAAGGUGAUAUUGAUUAUUCAAGAGUACCAGAUAUUGAUCUUCCUGCACCUUUACCUAGUUCUAAAUUUGCUCAAAAUCCUGAAUUAUUAAAAUCAUUAAAUCUCGGUGGUAAACGUAAAUUUGAACAAUUAAUUGGCUGGAGUGAAGCAAGUAAUUCAUCAAAGACUCAUGGUGAUGAUUCAGCAAAUAGUGAUACUGAUUUACGUUAUUUAUCAAAUACAACAACAGCCCAAGAUAUAUCAAGUUAUCUCAGUCAAGAUGAAGAUUUACGUAGAUUAAAUGCAAUGGAUCGUAUUAAUCGUGAUGAAGAUUUACGUUUUGGUAGUGGUUCUGGUUCAAGUGGACCAGGUAGACCAGAUUUUGAUUUACGUAAUGCAUUUGGUGAUCGUGAUUUUCGUCAUACAAUGCCACCACCACCAUUUAAUAAAUCAUCAUCAUCAUCAAUUGAUUCAGAUAAAAAUAAAUAUGGUGAUCAAGAUAAUCGUCCACGUGUUUGGGAUGAUGAUAAAAUUAUUGGUAAUAAUGAUUUAUCAAGAAAUAAUUUUGAUAAACGUAAUGUUAUGCCACCAAAUAUGAUGAAUAAUAAUUUACAAAUUGGACAAAUGUCAAAUAUGCCAAGUGGAUUAGGUAAAAAUCAUCAUAAUAUGCAAAAUAUUAGUCCAAAUAUGCCACCAUCAAUGGUACCACAUCCAAAUAUCAAUCAAAUACCAACAAAUAUGCAAAAUAAAAAUAAUAAUUCAAAUAUGAUGGGUGGUAAUGGUGGUAUGAAUGACGGACAAGGUAUGAAUGAUGGACCAAUGAGUGGUCCACCUCAUAUGAUGCAUAUGCCACCAAAUUUUGGACCAAAUGGACCACAAAUGCCACCAAAUUCAAAUUUUAAUCCAAAUUUUCGACCUCCAAAUGGUAAUUUUGGACCAAAUCAACAUUUUCGACCAAUGGGACCACCAUUUGGACCACCAGGACCAUUUAAUAAUUUUCCACCAAAUUUUAGAUGUCCAAAUCCAAAUAAUCCACCACCAAAUUUUGAACGUCCUGGUUUUGGACAAAAUUAUCGUAAUCAAAUGCCUGGUAAUUCAUCAGGAGGUGGUGGUGGUGGUGGUAAUAAUUCUGGUGGUUCAUUUAAUUCAGGAUUUAAUAAAAAUUAUGAUAGAGGUGGUGGUGGUGGAAGUAGUAGUGGCGGUGGUGGUGGUAAUGGUAACAAUAAAAAUGGACAUAAUAGUAAUAGUAACAAUAGCAACAACAAUCGAGGAAUGAAUCGUAACUCAAACGAUAAUAACAGAAAUAAUAAUUAUAAUAGUAGUAAUAAUAAUAAUAAUAAUAGUAGUAGUAGUAAUAGCAGUAAUAAUAAUAGUAAUCGAGGAAGAGGAAGAGACAAUGAUCAAUCAAGAGGAUCAAGGUCUCGUGAUAAUUAUUGAAAAGAAAAAUAAAAAAUACAUUUCAUCGUGAAUUUGUGAAUAUUGAUAAUAUGAAUGGUCUAAUAUAAUUAAUUUUUAUCAUGAACGAUUGAUGCGAAUGAUUUGUAAUAUACUCUGGAAAAAAAAAAAAAAAAUUCGUUCAAUUAAUUAAAAUAUAACUUGAUUGUCAGUGAAUGUUGAGUUUAUUUAUCAUGAAAAUUACAAAAAAAAAAUUUAAAAAAAACAAUAAAAUAUAAAAUGAAAAAAAAAAAAAAGAAAAUAAAUUGUUCACGAGAUGCCUUGAUUUUAAAAAAAUAACAAUCAUUUUUUUUUUUUUUUUUUGAAUAAUUUAAUCAAUUUUAAAGGCCAGGCAAACGUGUACUAAAUAAAAACGAAAAAAAAAAAAAAAAAAAGAAAUAAA